AUGGCGCAGCUACUUGUUCCCAACAGCGGUCUUGCCCUCAUCGACUUUACCCAGUCGAAACCCAAAGAUGCUGCCUCCAAGCACAACACCGGACUUGCCCAAGUCAUGCAGCUCGAGUUACCACCCAAUGUUCUUGGGGAUAUGUUGAGGAGCGCCCGCCAUGGUGGGAAGGGCGUGAAUGUUCAGUUCGGAAAGACAAUAACUCUUCACUAUGGCAAUAAAUCCCAGCCUCUUGACGCAUCGCCGUGUAAUUCUUCCUCUACACAAAUCUACGAGUCCUCUACAGAAGACGAGAAUAAACUUGCAUUGACUGGACGAUUAAGUCACCAACUCGCCAUGCAGAAAGCUCAAGAAGAUAUUGCAGGUGCUGAUGAAGCUCUCAUGAAGUUACAAAGUCAACUAGCCUCCCACCAGAAAGACAAGCAGUCGAAGCAAAUCAAAUACGUGCCUGAUAACUCCAAACUCCCACCUCCUACCAAACAGACGGCAGCUGCUCUCAAACACCAGUCUGUCAAGACCAACCCGCUCUCUUUCCUUAAGAAACAGCAUAACCCCGCACAUCUCAACCAUACCACUCGCUCGAUGCCUGUCAGUCCUUCUCUCGGCGCUGCUCGCACACCCCUCACUCAAAAGACACCACCAACCUCAGUGCCAUCGCUUCCCAAUGAGAGGGCCGCGAAAAUUAAGGCGUUACGAACACCUCUCAUUCACUUCCUAGCCGCACGACCCGCAUCAAUCACAUUACUUGUUGGACACCUGGGCUGCAAACAAGAUGAGCUACUCGAGGUCUUGAACAAGGUCGGCAAAGAAUUUCGCCCGAUUCCAGACAAGUGGACCUUGAAUGAUAAGGCCUUCAAAGAGUUGGACGUAUGGAAUUUCGAUUACCCAAACCAGGAUGAUCGUCAACUCGCAAUCAAUUGCGCCAUCUCAGCGUUCGAUAGGAUGAGGAUCUCUACCAAGGAAAAGGUUUGGGAUAUGUUGCUCCCAAAGAAUGAGCGCGGUAAAGGCAAGAUUCUCUCGAACUUGGACUUGCACAAAGGCCCAAUCAAGCAGAGCAACACCCCAAGGAUCCAUGUGCAAAACCCUCCACAUGAUUCUAAUGCAAGUGAUCAUCUGACUGGUCACGAGAGCGAUCAAAAAGACAGACUUGCGCCCAGCGACGCUGAACCCAUGGCUCGCUCGCAGUCGCAGGACCAAAUUAAGAAGAAGAAGGUCAGCGAGAAAGAAGCUCGAUCCAAGCGCCUUCUAACGAGCGGACCAAAGAAAGCCACCCCAGCCCCGAAGGUCAAAGAGGAUCAUCCAGCGGUGAAGAAAGGGGCCAAGAAAGCCAAUGUUCCGAAAUCGAGUGAAUUUGUCAAUGACUCUGACGAGGAGGACGGGUUGGAAGACGCAGCAACGCUCCAGGCCCAAUCUAUGACACCAAAGCAUGUCGACCAAACUCUACCAUUCAAGGCCGCUGCGUCUCCUCCGUCUAUUGCAUCAACCCAAAAAACGGUUAGUAUCAGCCCUAAGGCCCCAAAGCCAGCUUCAUCGUCUCGAAACAUUGAGUCUACUACAGCUGGCAAGGGAAGUAAGUCAAAGCCCGUCACACCAUCUCGCUCAGACGCGACCUCGAAGCCUAAGCCUGCUGCCGCCAAUCACGAACACAGCAAAAUCGCCAAGAACAAAGAUGUCAAGAGCGAAAAAUCAGAAACCAAGAAUGGAAAGACAACUUCUACGCCACCUGCGAAAGCCCAUGAAAAGAAACCUUUGCCGUCUGGUUCGUCGAGCCCGGCAAGAAGACAUCGAGUCUCAGAUUCUAGUCAAGGCUCAACUGCGAUGAAGAAAACGAUAUCCCGCCAACGGACCACCAGUUCGCCUCAUAAACCAUCCCCUCUCGGAUCCUCACCGCCGACGAAUGCUUCCGAUCUCGAGAAUGGUGCCUCUUCAGCUUCUUCGACUUCUCUUGUAUCACAGGCCCAAAAGACAACCAUCAAGCCUAACGGUGCCCCCCCCCCAGUCAAUGGGCAUGCACACAACACAUCAGAGCAUUCUCUGAAGCGCAAGGCUGACGAUCUGGACGCCAACAUCCAUGUUCACAGUAAUGGUCAAACCAAUGGACAAGUGAACGGUGCAAAGCGCCAUAAAGCGUCCGCCGCGUCUCCCUCUACUUCCGAAAGCAGCAACUCACCGCUCGCUACCAGCCAUGCAUUGAAGAGAGCACAAGAUUUCAAGACCUACUAUGCCAAAUAUGAGGUUCUGUAUCGUGAGGUUUCGGAGUCCACGGAUGUUCCACAGGAGAAGAUCGACAAUGUCAAACGGAUGCACCAACGUUUGCUUGAACUUAAAGACGAGAUCACGAUGGGAUUGGUCGGCAUUUAG